AUGGCAACGCGUUACGCUUCCCAUCAAGUUUCACGUUUUUCGGAUAUUACCGAAAAAACAAAUAUCGCCGAUGAGAUGAUGACCAAAGCAAAGACUGUUCGUAGUGAUUGCAUGCGUUAUCUCGAUGUUAACAAAGAACCCGACGUAAUCUUACCUCCAAUACCAAUUUCUAUCUCUCAAACUCAUAAGGAUAGUCUUUCAUUACUUGAAACUAUCAAACGCCUGGAACAUUUAAUAAAUGAUUUACAAGGGAAAGUUACGUAUUCGUUGGAAAAGUGUAAGAAUCCUAAACAAGGCCUUAGUCAAGACGAGUCAGCAGCUUUGUAUCUCUACUCAUUGCAAUGGCCAAACGGUCAACAUUCUCUUUAUUCAAUGUUCAAUUGCGCUCUUCGAGAUGAGGAUCGCACGAAGUUGGUUCCCUUUCAAGAUUAUUACAACUUGUUCAUGUCAGCACUCAAGAAACUUCCAUCAAUUCAAGAACAGGUAUGGCGUGGUGUGAAUGGUGAUCUGAGCAAGAAGUACCGCCCGGGAACAGUACAUGUUUGGUGUGGAGCUAGUAGCUGCACAGAUAUGGUUAAAGUAACUGACACAUUUCUUAAUGAAACGAUUCCUCGUACACUGUUCAACAUCAAAUGCUUUAAUGGUAAAAAUAUUAUACACCAUUCAGAUUUCCCAAAUGAACGUGAAACAAUUUUGGCACCCGGAACGUAUUUGAAAGUGAGGUCACAAUCAAAUCCAGCUCCGAAUUUUCAUAUUGUUGAUUGUGAACAAAUUGAACCAAUAGUUAAAUAUCUUCUGUGGUUAACUCCAAAUAUUAACCAAUCGCAAGAUAAUUUGAAGCUGCAGGAAAAACUACAUGAAUUAUUUGCUGAUAAAUUUCGGGCGUAUGAAAAGGAGGAAGAAUGUGAAAUGUUCAUCGACAAGAAGAAAAAUGAUGAAAUAUUACUGAUUGUCACGGGACAAAUCGGGCGGCACCUGGUACCGAAACUUCACGACCUAUUACAACUGAGAGCAGUUUUUGUCUAUUGUAUGGAUAAGGAAGGAAAUCAGAAAUGGUCAAAGAAUUUUCCCAAGGUCACAGCAGUUGUCGUCCGCCUGAAGGAACUGAUUCAGGAAGUUGAAAAAGAAAUGAAUAAACCAAUACUUGCGUUCGAAGGAGGGACACCUUCUGAGCCAGAUGAAUUACCUGCAUCGAGCAACAAUGAGAUGCACAUACGCGGCUAUGAGAAAAUGCCUCUGAUCUCCAUUGAGGAAGCCGUUCAACCUCUUCAUACGAUGGUGCCGGACGUUCAGAGGUUUGUUUAUUUGGCUAAACGACACUGUGACGAUGAAGAACCGAAGGAUGGCUUAAGUAAGGACGAAUCAGCUGCGAUUAUGUUGUACACUAUGGAAUGGGAAGCUAGUCUCUAUCGCAUUCUCAAUCAAACGCUACGAAGUGAAAACCGCAAUAACGUUAAAUCAUGGUUUUCGUAUUUAAAAUUAGUUUUGACUGCACUGCGUAAACUACCAUCAUUUGAAGGAGUUGUCUGGCGUGGUGUACGGGACGAUCUGAGUCAACGUCAUAUGCAAGGUGAACGUGGUGUCUGGUGGGGUUUUACAACAACAACGAUGAAUGCUAACGUGCUCGAAGAUGAAACGUUUCUUGGUAAAACAGGAAAACGUACACUUUUCUCAAUUCAAUGUAAAGAUGGAAAACGCAUAGGGAGUCACUCUUUCUAUCCGCACGAAGAGGAAAUAUUAUUAUUGCCUGGUUUCUCAUUCCAAGUUGUGAGUGUGUUACAAACGGCACCUGACAUGCAUAUGAUCAGUUUGAAAGAAAUUGGCGUGUAUUAA